AUGUCAUCAACCGGGAGGUAUCAAGGACCGAUACCGACCAAAGUUUCCAACUUAAAUAGUCAAUAUGGUUGUGCAUGUGUUACUAAGGUAGCACCAUUGGAAGAGUUGGUAGAUGAUUGCUUCAAACACUCCAUAGACCAGCUCAACGAUCCACACAAGGUAUAUGUGGUGAAACUGUUUGCCAGAUAUAUUGUGGAAGCACAUUGCCAUGAAAAUCUUUCGUUUUUGAUUGAAAUAUUCAAGUACGAAUACUAUUUCGAUAAGAUAAUAAACAGGAAAGAGAAUUCUAAGACAGGGAUGAGAGAGAAAGAAAACUGUUACUUGAAUCUGUCUUUGGGACGGUCUAUUGGAGACCUUCCAUACCCCACAAAGAGAAUAGAGCCGAUGUUUGUACGAAAAAAGAGUUCUGCUGGAGUAUCAGUGCGAUCAGAGGACCACGAGCCGAUGUCAGUGUUUGUAUCCACUAUAGAUGAUUUGGAUGAAGCACCAGAAGGAAAUGAAAUGUAUAAUGUGUGGGAUAACUUGAUGGAGAAAAACGUUGGAGACUCCGACACCGAAAACGAUUCGGACGACGAAGUCGAAGAACAGAAGAGUGUAGACCAAGGCGACGCGCAAUCGGAAGAGGACUUAAUUGCAGACCAAUGGGAUUUGGUCAUGGGUAGAUAUGUGCAUCAUAACUCGCCCGAACAGAUUAAUCUCUCUAAUUUGUCGUACAAAAAAAUCGUGGAGGAGGAUAGAAUUCCCAAUAUUUUCCACAGUCCACAGGUUUUGCUUCCGGCAAAGAAUGAGGUCUUACGUUUACUUGAGGAAAAUGUAUAUCAUCUGUUUGUUAAUUCCUACAAGGAAAAAGAUUCUACAACAGCCUCACCGCUCAUCCAGCCUAGAAGGGCUCAGGAAAGCCCAUCUUCGUUAUCAAUAGAUGAUUGUGAUAAAAGUCGUCUGAUAACAAAGUCUGAAUCUAAUAACGUCUCCCCAAUAUUAACUCCUACUAACUCGAAUGUUCCAAAACUUUUCCAUAAAAUGAACAAAUCGAGAUUAUUGCAUUUAUCGUCAUCUACAAACAAUUUACCCGUUGAUUCAGGAUCAAAUUCCUCGUCAUCUUCUGCAUCUUCUCUUUCAAAUAUAUUGGACCAUUUGAGAUUGAACACGAAUCAUGUCAGUUCACCUUUGAACGCUUCACCAAUUCAGACUCCAAACCAUAGUCAGCCGCAUUCACUUUCUACGAGUCCAUUAUAUUUGAAAGAGGAUAAAUUAUCCAAAUUUGGUAAAAUUUGGAGGUCAAAAAAGAGUACCUAA